UUGUGCAGAUUAUUCGAAGAGAAUCGCGAUUUACUGAAUCUAUUCGAGAAAUUUCAGACAUUGAAGACAAAGGAGUCUCAGAUGGAAAGCAUGGAAUUGGCAGAACACGCGUCCCUUGUUAUGACAUCUCUAGACGAGGCCAUCAAUUCACUCGAUAACGUCGACUAUUUCAUUGAAUACUUGCACUCAAUCGGAAAACUACACCAUAAAGUGCCCGGAUUUCAGAAAGAGUUUUUUUGGAAAAUCGAGAGUCCAUUCCUCGAAGCAGUUAAGGAGACAUUAGAAGAGCGAUACACAGAGAAUAUGGAAAACAUAUAUAAGAUAAUCAUUAAAUUCAUUUUACAAACACUCGUCGAUGGAUAUGAGAACUCGAGCGCCGGCAACAAAGAGGCGCUCACCUCCAGAGCGGUGGAGGUUAAUGUCAAUGAUGUGCCAAAUGAAUCGUGAUUUCAUUCACAUCUUAACAAAAAGGACAUUUCGUUCAUUAUCUCAUAUACAUUGGGCUCCGGAAUCAAAUUGUCUACAAAUAUAUACAUUAUAUAUAAAAGCAUUCAUUUUGACUCUCCAUUCAAUGUAUUCUGCGCUUCAAAUUCAUUGCAUUUGUUUUGUUAAAAUGAAACCAUUU